CCUUUAAGGGCGGGUGGGGGCGGGGCGCUGGCGGUGUUGUCAGUGUCAGUCUGCGCACGCAGCCCUCCCGGAGCCGGUGCCGGCCCGCGAGCCCCGGUGUCUCUGCAGACCGGUCCCCGCCCGGGUCCGGCGGGUCCCGCGCCGUGGGAGGAGUCGGAUGCUAGCUGGCGACUAGCUGGGGUCACACCACCGGACCUAGCGACCCGGAUCCCCGGCUACGGAGACAGAGCCCAAGCGUCGCGACCCCGGAGGACCUCUUCUCUAUCCGUGGCACCCACUGGUCCUGGGAUCUCCGUGGCGCCGGAGAACCCCGGAGCCCGAGCGCUCAGCCCCGGGGGAGCUCGCCCACGCCCCGCGGCCCGCCCGGGCCAUGCUCCCCCGGGGCAGCGGCUGAGCCCAAGCCGGGACCUGAGCCCGCGGGAGCAUGGAUCCGGGCUGGGGGCAGCAGGACGUGGGCUGGGCGGCCCUGCUGGUCCUCUUCGCCGCCUCGCUGCUCACGGUAUUGGGCUGGCUGCUGCAAUAUGCCCGGGGUUUGUGGCUGUCGCGGACUGGUGGGGGCCAGAACUCCCGACCCACCUCAGCCGCGGAGCCUGGGGGUUCACUCCGCGAGCUGGGUGUGUGGCGUUCGCUGCUGCGUCUGCGGGCGACCCGGACCGGCGCCUCUGAGGAAGCUGGCGUCCGGGGCCUCCUGGUUUCGCUCUUUGCCUUCAAGUCUUUCCGGGAGAACUGGCAACGAGCUUGGGUGCGAGCCCUGAAUGAGCAGGCCUGCAGGGACGGGAGCUCCAUCCAAAUCGCCUUUGAGGAGGUACCCCAACUCCCACCCAGAGCCAGCAUUAGUCAUGUGACCUGCGUAGACCAAUCAGAGCGUACCAUGGUGCUGCACUGCCAGCUCUCUGCUGAGGAGGUGUGCUUCCCAGUCUCUGUGACCCAGCAGUCCCCCGCUGCCGUCUCCAUGGAGACCUACCACGUCACUCUGACACUGCCACCAACACAGUUGGAAGUCAGCCUGGAGGAAAUCCCUGAUGAGGGGCUGCUGGUGUCCUGGGCCUUCACUGACCGCCCAGAUCUCAGCCUAACGGUGCUUCCUAAGCUGCAGAGCAGGGAGAGAGAUGAGGAACAAGCAGAACUUUCAACAGUUGAGGAACUGAUCAAGGAUGCUAUAGUCAGCACUCAGCCUGCCAUGAUGGUCAACCUCAGGGCCUAUUCUGCCCCAGGAGGCCUGGUACCCAGUGAGAAGCCACCCAUGAUGUCUCAGGCCCAGCCAUCCAUCCCCAGACCUACACGAUUAUUCUUAAGGCAGCUUCGAGCAUCUCACCUGGGAAGUGAGCUGGAAGGUACUGAGGAACUGUGCUGUGCUGCUGAGCUUGACAACCCCAUGCAACAGAAGUGGACCAAACCCAUGAAGGCUGGUCCUGAGGUGGAAUGGGCAGAGGAUCUGGCACUGGAUCUGGGUCCCCAGAGCCGGGAGCUGACCCUCAAAGUGCUCAGGAGCAGCCGUUGUGGAGACACUGAACUCCUUGGCCAAGCCACCCUGCCCGUGGGCUCACCCUCGAAACCCCUGUUACGAAGACAGGUGUGCCCAUUAACUCCAGGGCCAGGGAAAUCCCUGAGCCCAGCAGCCACCAUGACGGCAGAGCUGCACUAUGAGCAGGGCUCCCCUCGGAACCUGGGCACACCCACCUCCUCCACCCCUCGCCCCAGCAUCACACCUACCAAGAAGGUUGAGCUGGACCGGACCAUCAUGCCCGAUGGCACCAUCGUCACCACUGUUACGACUCUCCAGUCCCGGCCCCGUGUAGAUGGCAAAUUAGACUCCCCCUCCCGCUCCCCGUCCAAGGUGGAGGUGACUGAGAAGGCGACAACCGUGCUGAGCGAGAGCAGCGGCCCCAGCAACGCCUCCCCCAGCAGCAGCCCAGGGGAGAGCCACCUUUCUAAUGGAUUGGACCCAGUAGCAGAGACAGCAAUUCGCCAGCUGACUGAGCCCAGUGGGCGGGCAGCCAAGAAGACACCCACCAAGCGCAGCACGCUCAUCAUCUCUGGUGUUUCCAAGGUGCCCAUCGCUCAGGACGAGUUGGCACUGUCCUUGGGUUAUGCGGCUUCUCUGGAAGCCUCAAUGCGAGACGAUGCAGGACCCAGUGGUGGUCCUUCAUCACCUCCCUCAGACCCGUCAGCCACAUCCCCAGGACCCCUCGAUGCCCUCUCCAGUCCCACAAGUGUCCAGGAAGCAGAUGAGACGACACGUUCAGACAUUUCUGAGAGGCCAUCCGUGGAUGAUGUUGAGUCAGAAACAGGGUCUACUGGUGCCCUGGAGACCCGAAGCCUCAAGGAUCACAAAGUGAGUUUCCUGCGAAGUGGCACUAAGCUCAUCUUCCGCCGGAGGCCCCGACAGAAGGAAGCUGGUCUGAGCCAGUCACACGAUGACCUCUCCAACACGUCGGCCACACCUAGUGUCCGGAAGAAGGCUGGCAGCUUUUCUCGUCGCCUUAUCAAGCGGUUUUCCUUCAAAUCCAAACCCAAGGCCAAUGGCAACCCCAACCCCCAGCUCUGAGAGCCCUCCUGAACUAGGAGAGGGCAAGAGUUCUCUCGGUCCACUCCCCACAUCCCCUUCUGUACCCCUUCCUGGAUUCCCAGUGCUGGGGCGCGGAAGGCCCUCGGGUUCUGAGAAGCCCCGGCACUCUGGGCUGUGGGGUAAAUUGGAAGGAUGCUUGACAUGGGAAGCAUUUGAGAGGCGGGCACUCGUUGCUGUGGACAUAGAAGAGAGUUUGGCAGCUGGGGGUAAGAGGCAGGCUCUGUCUGGGCGUGCUCGGACAUUCUUCAGAAGCCUGUGCCCUCCGCUGGUAUGUCCCCAGGGAGGAGCCCCAGGGCACUCAUCUCUCUCUCUCUCGGCAGACCCCUCUCCCAUAUUUAUUCUCUUUUCUAUUUAUGUGUGUGGUCUAGGACCCUUGGCAGACAUGCUAGAGGGUGUCUCUCCCAGGUGACCCUUUUCUGUCCCAGGAGAGUAAGGCAAUUUCCAGGAGGGGUUUCUACACCUCUCUUGGGGGUCCGCACUUAGACCAGCACCAAUGUCUGUCUCAGAAAGACAUUGGCAGAUCAUAGGAAGCCGGGCUAAUGCCCGGGAUGGGGGGCAGGUACUCCCCACCUCCCUACCUCCCACACUGCUCCUCUCCUCUCCUUCCCCUUUAUUACCAUUUUGUACUUGAUGCCUUCUCCAUGAGCAGUGGCUCAUUUAGGAGGAGGGAGCCAGGAAGCGGGUAGGAAGCCUUCUCUAGAGAGGUAGCUUUAGGAGCUUUAAAGACAGUCUGAUCAUAGAACAAGGUUGCACCUCUGUGUGUUGGGGGAUGAUGAUGAUGUCCAUUGCUGUGUGAUGGCUUGGAACUUAACUUAUUUAAUUAAAGUCAAAUUGGAGUUUAUAACGAGAA